AUGUCAGUGUUUCCAACUCUGAUGUUAUAUAAGACAGGAAUGUGCAACUGUUUCAAUCGAAGGCAAACUGACUCAGGGUUGCGUUACUUGAAGAAAGCAGUCGAAAAAGGUCAUGUCGAAGCCAUAUAUUCUUAUGGCAUUAUCUUGAUUUGUUUGGAGGGUGAGCUACGGAAACAAGGGCUUCAAGUUUUGUCUUCUCUCAAUCUCUCUGCUUCGAGCAAAAGGCGUUUCAAGAUUGCUAGCUGCCGUUCCAAAACAGAGAAGUUGCUGAGCCGUAUGUGGGUCUUUGUUUCUUUGGCUGGGCCAGGAGAAUAUUCUUUCAACGAAGCAAAAGUAGUCGGCCGCAAUUGUGAGCACGAUAUUCCGCCAAGAAAACACAAUCCUUGGAUAAUAAGAAACAACACAGACAUGGUUGAAAACCUCCCUUGUUGUGACUCCUGCUUUUGGGAUCAUGACUGGAGUCUUUUUGAAAGCUUAUUAAAGCAGUUUCUGAUGAAUAAGAUGUCAGGUCGGUAG